CAAGAAACGCAAGGAACGCAAGAAAUAAACAAUAGGAAAAAUAUUAUUAUAAAUGUUAUAAAAUGAAAUCAACUUGAAAAAUUGUUCUAAUACGGGUCGAGGAGAUAAAUAUUUUAUUCACGAUUUCAAAAACUUGAAAAUAAGAUUUUAAAUUCCCCGCCACAAUAAGUAAACAAUGCUUUUUACCAUUAAUUAAAAUUAUAUUUUAUUCCUAAACAAUGAAAUAUCAAUGUUCCAAUUGUCAGAGUUGCUUAUUCUAUAAAUAUAAAUAAAAAAUUACCGAUUGCGGGGCUGUUUUAUAAUUAUGAUGACGUAAUCAAUCCCCCUUCUCUCUCUACAAUAAAAUUGCCUGUUGAUUGAGGGAGUUGGAACUCGGACUUUUACCCCAAGCUCCAGAUCAUUGUAAAACAUUCAAGACGUUCUGCUUUUAAUUAUAAUUCUGAUUCUAGGUCAAUUUAGUGUUAAAUUGUUUUUUCUGUAAAUUAAAUUUAUUUGUUAAAAAUAAAAGAAAAAAAAUGGCACGAGUUCUUGUUGGAGUUAAAAGAGUAAUCGACUAUGCAGUUAAGAUUAGAGUAAAGCCGGACAAGACAGGAGUGGUAACAGAAGGAGUGAAACACUCGAUGAAUCCUUUCGACGAAAUUGCCAUUGAGGAGGCAGUUCGAAUGAAAGAAAAGAAAUUCGCUCAGGAAGUAAUUGCCGUUAGUUGUGGACCAGCACAAUCUCAAGAGACAAUAAGAACCGCCCUCGCAAUGGGCGCCGAUCGUGGAAUUCAUGUCGAAAUCUCCGGUCCGGAAUACGAAUCCCUACAACCAAUUCACGUAUCAAAAAUUCUUGCAAAAUUAGCACAAGAGGAAAAAGCAGAUAUUGUUCUCGUUGGAAAACAGGCGAUUGACGAUGACUGCAAUCAAACGGCACAAAUGAUUGCCGGAGUAUUGGACUGGCCGGCAGGAACAUUUUGCAGCAAGAUUGAACAUGGUCAGGGUGAUUUGACAAUAACCCGAGAAAUUGACGGAGGAUUGGAGACAAUAAAAAUAAAAACACCAGCAGUGUUGAGCGCCGAUUUACGAUUAAACGAGCCACGCUAUGCGACACUGCCGAAUAUCAUGAAAGCAAAAAAGAAACAAAUCAAGAAAAUGACACCAAAGGAUCUUGGCGUUGACACUUCACCAAGAAUAGAAGUCGUUUCAGUCGAAGAUCCACCUGUUCGACAAUCGGGUUCAAUUCUACCCGACGUCGACACUUUAAUCACAAAACUCAAAGAAGCCGGACACGUAAAAUAAUAAUCAAUCAAAAAUUAAAAAAAAAAAUUGUUCAUAGAAACAAAUUCUUAGAUAAAAAAAAUAUAAUACAAUUUAAAGAAAAUUUUUCGAUAAACUUACAAACUAGAUAUUAAAAAGAUGAAAUAAUCCUUACAAACAAGAAUAAAAAGAACUAUAAAUAUAAAGAAAUUAUAAAUAAAGAAAUAAAACUUACGAGCUAUUAAAAAAAAUAAUUAUUGAACAACGUGUGAAUGAAAAAAACAUUUUAUCCGAUUGCUACACUUUAUUAAAUAGUGAUAUAAACAGAAUAACAUUGUUUUUUGUACAUUUUCAGAGAUAUAUAAUAAUUGUACAUUACACAUUGUUUAUAAAUUUGUACCGCUCGGAGACGUAAAAAAUGUCUCAUAAAAAUCAUAUUUUUUUAAUAAAAUACUCUCUUAUACAAUUA